UGUAAUUCAUAUGUUGCUGCUUUGAAAAAGGCGAUCCUAAUGAACGUUUAGUUACAAAAGUAAAUUUAAAUUUCUGGUAGACUAUGCAGACUGACAAUAUGCAUACAUUUGUAAUCUUUGGAAUCCUGGGAAUGCACUUGUACUUGAAGGUUCACGCAGAUUGUGAGCCGUACGCCAUUCUUAUUAGAGAGGAGGAGAGGUGCCUUCAUGAGUUGGGACUGCAUAAUGAGUCAAAAACUCCCCAACCAGACUGCACGGUCAUGUGGGACCACUUGAAUUGCUGGCUUCCUGCUUUUGUAGGGGAGACUGUAUCCCAGCCCUGUCCCAAUUUCUUCAAAUCAGAAGGCAAGGUGUACCGGAACUGCACAAACACAGGCUGGACCGACGCAUUUCCCCCUUAUGAGAACGCCUGUUUCAACGAGACGUUACACUUUCUUGUAGAGUCACAUGACUCCCACAUGUAUUUCCCCUAUGUGAAGACCAUGUACACCGCGGGAUAUGCGCUCUCUCUCAUAUCACUCACCGUCGCCAUCACCAUCCUCUGUUUUUUUAGGAAACUGCACUGCACCAGGAACUACAUCCACAUUCAGCUCUUCGUCUCCUUCAUCCUGCGCGCUACCUCGAUCUUCAUCAAGGACUCGGUGCUCUUCGCCAAUGAAGACUUGUACCGCUGCGAUGAACUCCCAGUGGUGUGUAAGUUAGUUGUGAUGUUUUCCAACUACUGCAUCAUGGCAAACUACAGCUGGUUGCUAGUGGAAGGACACUACCUCCACACUCUGGUCAGUGUGUCUUUUUUCUCCAAGAAGAAACACCUGUGGUGGUACAUCAUUCUGGGCUGGGGUUUGCCCAUUUUAGUUAUUCUAUCCUGGGGCUUGUCAAAAUUCCUUUAUGAGGAUGUAGGCUGCUGGGAGACAAGAAUACAAGAGUGGAUUUGGUGGAUUCUCAGAGUGCCUGUCCUGCUAUUCAUAAUUCUAAAUCUGCUGUUUUUUCUGAGGAUCAUAAGAAUUCUGGUGGGAAAACUGCAGAUGCCAGACAUGGAAGGAAAUGAAGCCAGUCAAUUCAAGAGGCUUACCAAAUCAACGUUUCUUUUGGUGGCCCUCUUUGGUUUGUAUUAUAUUCUCUUUGCCUUCUUACCCAUCAAAGUCAGUGGUUUAACAUACAAGAUAUGGACCUUUUUUGAACUGGCUCUCGCAUCAACACAGGGCUUUGUGGUCGCUGUUCUUUACUGUUUUCUAAACGGGGAGGUGCAGCAUGAAGUGCAGAGGAGAUGGCGCAGAUGGAGGCUCAAGCAGCAUCUUAAUGGGGAGCACAGGCAGCAUGGUUCCAUGAGCCAAAGCGGCUCUCCCCUUACCCAGGUCACCUUACUGCCGCGCUGCGGACUGGCCAGCCUGGCGUGACCUUUGACCCCACUCACUGUAGCACCACCCAGAAGCGCCAGCUCGCACAGACUGCUUCCUCAAGGCGUCAAGGGAGCGUGAGUUCUAGAACUUGAAUUGGUACCCGGAAUUACACAGAGAAUUGCGGAGACUUGGACAUUUCCCGGGAAGCUGCACUGUGACAUUCAGUUUUUUUGUGAUGUUUCGCUUCAAGCAACUGAAGAUGAUACUGUUGGAUUCAGUGGAAGUUGUAAGAAACAGGAAGAGCUUUAAUAUGGACCAUAGGACCCAUUUGUGAUAAAGGAAAUCCUGGAAAAAAAGGUCUGUUAAUGACCAGCACAUUCUUCCCCCAGAGAUUUUAACACAUGGUUUUAAAUGACCAAUUAUUUUUGUUGACUUGCAUCAGUU